AUCAAGAAAGGGACCGCGCACCCGGAGUCACCCCUACUCUUUGUCAAAACCUUACCUACGACUUCUUCCUUCUUCAAUCCACUCUUCGUCACCAGAAUCUCUUGUUGUUAUUCUGAUCAUGGACACUUUCUUCAUAUCUCAUGGAUCGCCGACGCUGUCGAUCGACGAGAGCAUGGCUGCGAGGCGUUUCUUGAAGUCGUGGAGGGACGAGGUGUUUUCUGAGGUGCCCAGGGCUAUUCUCGUGAUUUCAGGCCACUGGGAGACGACUGAGCCCACCGUCGCGGCCGCGAACGGGCCCAACGAUACCAUCUAUGAUUUCUAUGGAUUUCCCAAGCCCAUGUAUGAGCUCAAAUACCCUGCACCCGGUGCGCCUAAACUGGCAGAGAGAGUAAAAUCCCUGCUCCGCAAAUCCGGCUUCACCCAAACAAAGACAGACGAACACCGAGGGCUCGACCACGGCGCGUGGGUCCCGCUCAUGCUCAUGUACCCGGAGGCCGAUAUCCCAGUAUGCCAGCUCUCCCUCCAGCCACACAGGGACGGGACUCAUCACUACAACGUGGGAAAAGCCCUGGCUCCCCUUAGGGAGGAGGGUGUGCUCAUAAUCGGCUCGGGGAGCGCGACUCACAACCUGAGGGAAAUCGAUCGCGACGGCGCGCCGGUCCCCGGGUGGGCUUCUGAUUUCGACUCGUGGCUUAGAGAAGCCCUCCUCCACGGAAGGUAUGAAGAUGUUAAUCAUUACGAGGAGAAAGCACCUUACGCUAAGAAGGCACACCCUUGGCCUGAGCAUUUUUACCCUCUCCACGUGGCUCUCGGGGCAGCAGGCGAGGGCGCAAAAGCUGAACUGAUCCAUCACAGCUGGGGGAACGCUGCGCUUUCUUACGCCUCCUACCGAUUCGGAACAUCGCAGUAAAGCAACUAAAGAAAGAUGAUAUGCAUGCAAGCGUGUGUGUGUGUUUUUUUUUUUUUUUAUCUACUUCAAUUUCGAGAAAGUGUGAGGUUGUAAUUCUUGAUGCUUUGGUGUUGAACUGUUUCUAAAUUCUUGUUUCGGUCUGUCGAGGUGUACACUAGAGACUCGAACUCCCUUAAAAACUUUUAAUUUGCAGUUA